UUAAUGGAGCCAUUAUUCAAAGGGGUUGGACAGAAUGCUAUUUGGGCUGUCAUGACCGUCGUCGUUGUGCUUGAAUUCACUGCUGGCGCAACAUUAUGCAAAGGAUUAAAUAGAGGAUCCGGGACGCUGUUGGCUGCAUUGUUAGCCUUCUUAUUCGAGUUUAUAGCUAGAGAAUAUGGGAAGGUUUUUCGAGCUGUUUUCAUCGGGUCUUCGAUCUUUCUAGUAGGUGCUUCGGUUACAUAUUUGAGGUUUUUCCCGAACAUAAAAAAGAAUUAUGAUUAUGGUGUCCUCGUAUUCCUCUUGACAUUUAAUUUGAUCACUGUAUCAAGUUAUCGUGUCGAUGAUAUCUUAAAAGUAGCAAAAGGUCGCAUUUACGCGAUCGCAAUUGGUUCCGGGGUUUGCAUUCUUAUGACUCUUUUCAUCUUCCCGAUUUGGUCCGGAGAAGAUCUCCAUAAUUCAACUGUUACCAAAAUCGAAGGCCUUGCAAGAUCGAUCGAAGCUUGUGUCGAUAAAUACUUUAAUGACGAAGAUCCGAAUCUAGAAAUAGACGAGACCAUGGAGGACCCGAUUUACACGAACUAUAAGGCCGUUUUAGAUUCAAAAUCGACUGACGAAACAAUCGCGCGACAUGCAAGUUGGGAGCCAAGACACUCGUGGCAUUGCCGCAACAAAUUUCCGUGGCAACAAUACGUAAAAGUAGGAGGCAUUCUUCGUCAUUUUGGUUACGCAGUUGUUGCUCUUCACGGAACUGUACAAACCGAAAUCCGGACUCCAAGAUCAGUUCGACUGCUAUUCAAGGAUCCAUGCAUUCGCCUUGUAUCAGAGGUAACAAAAUCUCUAAUGGAACUCGCCGGCAGCAUAAGAAACCGGCGACACUGCUCGCCGGAAAUCCUGACCGAGCAUCUUCACCAGGCACUGCAAGACCUCAACACCGCAUUAAAGUCUCAACCGAGGCUCUUUCUGGGGCCGAAUUGUCCGAACAACACGGCCAAAAUGCUAGCCAUGGUUGCGGCAACUGCUCGCCAGAAAUCCGAAAAGUACUCACCGAGGGUGAAACCGGAGGGGGAGAGGAGGGUUUUGAGGCCUAUGUUAAGCAAGCUUGCUAUCACGAGCUUGGAGUUCUCGGAAGCGCUUCCGUUUGCGGCUUUCGUGGCAUUGUUGGUGGAAUCGGUGGCUCGGCUUGAUGUUGUGAUU